AUAUUAUAAAGCCGUGGUAACAACAUUAUCUGGUCAACUGGUUUGCGCUGGUGUUGCUGCCAUGCCCGAAUACGAGAAGUAUGUUUGCUCCAGAGCCGGCGUUCCAUCUUGCUUUCACCAGAACUUUGUAAAUACCGGAUACAGAAGAGAAUCUGGCUCGAUUCUUACUUGUUUGCGAAGUGCGUUUUGGCCGACGAACGAAACUUUUAACUUUUGGACGCAUUUUGUUGCUUCGAUAAUGCUAAUGUCUCGAACUGGUCGAAUAAUCAGCGAAUUUGAAACCCCGUUCGAAGCACUACACCUACCGUUUUACAUUCAUUCGUUUGGUUCGUGCUACUUGCUUGUAGUCAGCUCUUUCGCUCAUUUAUUUUGUUGCUACUCAGAGCGGUGUUGUCAUCGCUGUUUUGCUGUGGACCAAGCGGCUGUGGUGUUGUACGCUCUCUGUGUGUUGUUGGGAUUUGAGCAUCUCACAUGCCCCAUGUCUUGUUACGGACCUUUUAACGAUUUGAGCAGAGCUGUAUACAUGGGGUGUGUAGUCAUCCUUACGGUCCUACACACCAUGUUCUCUGUACAAACUUCACAUUCAUCGUAUAGUCCAGCACUAAGAAGCUUGCCUUGUACACUGAUGACAUUGCUAAUCAUUUUACCCUGUAUAGUAAGGUUCACUAUGAACAUAGACGAACCUGGGUGUUUUCCAACGACAAACAAAUCGUACGACUAUUUCGCUGCUGUCUGCUUCCUCGCACAAACUCUCUUUAUUUCACUUGGAGGAUUCUUUUUUUCUAGUUGCAUACCGGAACGCUUUUAUCCAGAACCUGUUGAUUGAGCAUGGAAUGAACGAAGCGAAAAACGUCUCCAGUGAGGCGAGCAUGAUAUUAUUUUCUUGGAUAUAGUAGUAGCAUAUCAUGAAAACCUACAACAAUCACGAAAGGAACGAUGAAAUUCAUAUGUAAGUUUUCCACAGCGGUACGAAUGGUCUUUCUAUUACUUGGUCUUGGACUGUCGGAGUAUAUUCACUCGUAUUCAUUCUGUCACACCAUAGAUAUCUAAACAUAUAGAUAGGAAACUAGCGAAAUCGUUCAGACGCGUCACGCUUCGAUGGGUCUGGUAAAAAGUUGAUUCGCGGCAAUCACGUGAAUCGAAGUCAACUAUGUUAAAACUCGGAUAGUAAGUUUAAUGUAUCUUCUGAAACCGCAUUGCAGUUGUGAGGCAGGUAAAUGUUUAAUUGUUUUAAGAUUG